AUGAUGGCGAGCGCGUUGAGAUUCCCUCGCAUGACCAACAACUUUUACAAACUUGUCAACGAAGUAGGCUAUUUAGCAUUCGCCGUUCACGUGUGCGACUGUGAUGAAUUUGAACUUCUCUGCAAGAAGCCGAAGCGCAAUAAAACGAACAAAAGAGUGUUCUUUGUGACACGGAAAGAAGUCGAUGAGGCUUGGCGCACGCUGUGCGAAAGCACUUUUGCAGUAUGGCCAACACCAGAAGAUUGGUCAGAAGAGCGAAAGCAAAAGUAUCUUGAGACACAACUGAGCCAGCACGCUGCUGAAAACCUUGCUUGGUCGAACAGAAUACGCCUCUCUCUCAGCUCAAAGACUGUUGGAAUCUGUGCCCUUUCCAAAUUACAAAUGGUGGAUGAGGCCAGUGAGACGAAUGUUAAGGCAAAUUCGAAGGCAUCAACGACUGGAAAACAAGGAAAACUGGCUGAUGAAUCGACUCUUGACAGACUGGAAACUGCUGCACCAUUAGGUGAGACCGAUCCAGGAGUGAUGAUGACCGAAGAGCAGGGCAGGUUAGCAAAACGACUGUCCCUUGUGCAGUUGGAUGGUGUCGGCUCCAGGAAUGAUGCGUUUGGCGAUGACGACGGGGAUAUUUGUAUGGAGUAG